AUGGUAACGAUCCAGUUCAUCAAAGCUCGUCAGAUCUUCGACAGCCGUGGGAAUCCAACCGUCGAAGUUGAUGUUACUCUUAGUGAUAAAACUUUUGCUAGAGCUGCUGUUCCUAGUGGUGCUUCAACAGGUGUCUAUGAAGCUCUGGAACUGAGGGAUGGGGGCUCAGACUACCUUGGGAAAGGUGUUCUCAAGGCUGUUGAGAAUGUGAAUGCAAUCAUAGCACCUGCUUUGCUUGGAAAGGACCCAACUAAGCAGACCGAAAUUGACAAUUUUAUGGUACAACAGCUUGACGGAACUGUUAAUGAGUGGGGAUGGUGCAAGCAGAAGCUCGGAGCCAAUGCUAUUUUGGCAGUGUCACUCGCUGUUUGUAAAGCUGGUGCUUUAGCAAAGAAACUUCCCCUGUACAAGCAUAUUGCAAAUCUAGCUGGAAACAAGACUUUGAUACUGCCUGUACCUGCAUUCAAUGUUAUCAAUGGAGGUUCACAUGCAGGAAAUAAGCUUGCAAUGCAGGAAUUUAUGAUUCUCCCUGUUGGGGCAUCUACUUUCAAAGAAGCAAUGAAGAUGGGUGUAGAAGUAUACCAUCAUCUGAAGGCUGUUAUUAAAAAGAAGUAUGGACAAGAUGCUACUAACGUGGGCGAUGAAGGUGGCUUUGCUCCUAAUAUCCAGGAUAACAAAGAAGGACUUGAGCUUCUAAAGACCGCCAUUGCAAAAGCGGGUUAUACUGGAAAGGUUGUUAUCGGGAUGGAUGUUGCUGCCUCCGAAUUUUAUAAUAACGAGCGAAAAACAUAUGACUUGAAUUUUAAGGAAGAGAACAACGAUGGAUCGGAGAAAAUUUCAGGAGACAGCUUAAAGAAUGUCUACAAGUCAUUUGUGUCGGAUUACCCGAUUGUGUCCAUUGAGGAUCCAUUUGAUCAGGAUGACUGGGAGCAUUAUUCGAAAUUAACAGCUGAAAUUGGCCAGCAAGUGCAGAUUGUUGGUGAUGAUCUCCUUGUUACCAACCCAAAGCGUGUGGAAAAAGCAAUUAAGGAGAAGUCUUGCAAUGCCCUAUUGUUGAAGGUGAAUCAAAUUGGCAGUGUAACUGAAAGCAUUGAAGCUGUGAAAAUGUCUAAACAAGCUGGCUGGGGUGUCAUGGCUAGUCACCGAAGUGGAGAAACUGAGGAUACCUUCAUUGCUGAUCUCUCAGUUGGGUUAGCAACAGGUCAGAUCAAGACGGGAGCUCCCUGCAGAUCCGAAAGGCUUGCUAAGUACAACCAGCUUCUUAGGAUUGAAGAGGAACUCGGAGCUGCAGCAGUCUAUGCUGGUUCCAAAUUCAGAGCCCCGGUGGAUCCCUAUUGA